AUGCGGUGUCUGUGCCGGGUUCCCCUGGCCGUGAUGGCCCGGGGGGGAUACUGCCGAUCUCCUCGCAGGCUGAAGAGCUCAGACGAAAGGCCCCCCGUGCCUCUAGGGGGCAGAGUGCUCACCAACCCUGACUGUGUCUUCCAACACAACAUGUGGGACCACGUCCAGUGGUCGGCGGAAGAGAGGGAGGACGCCAGACGGAGGGUGGCGCUAAACUCCUCGGAGCGGAUUCCACAAGAGGACCGAGCCAAGUACGAGAGAGACGCCAGCCACUUCUGGGACGGCUUUUACGAGACGCAUCAGAACAAGUUCUUCAAAGACCGCCGCUGGCUUUUUCAGGAGUUCCCAGAGCUGCUGCCCCCAAGGCGAGACUCUGCUUCGGCUGCCGCCUCCGCCGAAGACGACGAGGGCCUGGGCGACACUGAAGAGACCACUGCCUCCCGUGCAGCAGCACAGCAGCCCGGGAAGGGGGGAGAGCACCUGGGGAAACAGGAAGUGUUGCCCGGCAAACAGGAAAGGCAUGGUGCAGAGGGGAGCAGUGGUUUCCCCGGUGAUCACGCGUCCUUCAGGAUCCUAGAGGUGGGGUGUGGGGCCGGCAACAGUGUGCUUCCCAUCAUCAGCUCCAUCAGAGGCCGAGGGGGGUUCCUGUACUGCUGUGAUUUCUCCUCACGGGCCGUGCAGUUGGUGAAGGAUCACCCAGACUAUGAUGGCUCUCUGUGCCAGGCCUUUGUGCAGGAUGUGUGUGACGAGACGGCCUCCUUCCCUUUCCCCCCGCGUAGCCUUGACGUCAUCCUGCUGGUCUUUGUGCUUUGUGCUCUUCAGCCCCAUAGGGUCCAAGGCGUGGUGAACAGGCUGUCUAGCUACCUGAAGCCCGGUGGGGUUGUGCUGUUCCGCGAUUAUGGCAGAUACGACCUGUCACAGCUGCGUUUCAAAAAAGGCCAGUGUUUCUCAGAGAAUUUCUACACAAGACGCGACGGGACAUGUGUGUACUUCUUCACCAAAGAGGAAGUUCAUGACUUAUUCAGCGCUGCCGGUCUGGAGGAGGUGCAGAACCUAGAGGACCGCCGGCUGCAGGUCAACAGAGCCAAGAAGGUGGUGAUGCGCCGCGUAUGGAUGCAGAGCAAGUUCCGGAAACCUCUCGAGCCACCACAGACUGUAACAGACCACUAACACACACACACAGACACACACACAGACACACAGACACACACACACACACACACACACACACACACACACACACACACACACACACACACACACACAGGCCAGCUAACAGACUGACUAGAAGACCACUGACACACACACACACACACACACACACACACACACACACACACACACACACACACACACACACACACACACAGCCUGGCUAACAGACUGGCCAAAAGACCUCAGCAGGAAGCCAAAUCUACAAAUGCAUUUCUAUUAUGAACUUGUUAUGCCUUUUAAGUUUGUGAACUUUUCAUCAUGAUCGUCGGAGGUUUUUGAAGCAUAUUUCUUGUAUUUAUUAAAAGAUUGCUCUUCCUGACAUUUUCUGUGUAGCUCCCCAGUUUACAAUGAAUGAGCAGCUGCAGCCCCGAUGCCAUGAGAGCUCAGUAGAUCAUAUGAAAAGUGAGAUUUGCGUUUCUAAAGGUUUAAUUAUCAGGUAUGAAUAUCUGCACACCUUGCCAUUCAAUUUUUUUGCAGCCAUUUCCAAAAGUAAUGACCAAAAGAAUGAAAGAAAAGUGCAACACUCUCUUCUCAUAAACAUGCCAAUGUUACUGUUAAAAUUGAUGAGUUAUGAGUAGAAAGCUGUGCUGUGCCAUUUCUUUCUCUAUGGUUUAUUACAACAAAAGAAAACCAUGCAGGAUUUAUACAUAUACAAUGAUCAUAAUAAUUAAAAGAUGUUUCAAAUAUGUGCA